AUGUCCAACGAUUUCUUACGAUCAUCUCCCUCAAGAGAUGUGAUUGAUCCCUUAAUAUAUCAAUCUCUAGCUGAAUCAGAACUAAGAUCAACCACAUCCACAAAGCCUUCUAAAGGUAAGAAUUCUAAAAAGAAUCAUAAAAAGAAUCAACAACAACAACAACAAAUGCAUCCUCAAUCGUCUGUGCCUCCUUCUGCCUCUAAAUCAUUCAAUCCUGUCAAUGCCAUAUCAUCCGGUUGGACUCCAUUAAUCUCAAAGACAUACUUCAACGAACAAAUACUUUCAUUUAAUUCAACUCCUAAUAAAUACUUAUUAUCAAAUCUUAAUAACACUAAUAAUAACAAUCCUAAUAAUAAUAACAAUCUCCUCAAUACAAAUCAACUUAAUCAAGAUUAUUUGGAUUUCACUCUGGGUUUAAAUUUAACUCCAUUUUUAAAUCAUAAUAAUUUAAAUAUCCUUCAACAAACUUCAUCAUCAUCUAUAAAUCAACAAUUAAAUAACAUAACUCCCUUCCAUGAAAAGACUUUACAUCUAACUGAUUUCUUCAUGGAUUCACCUAUUCGUCAAACUCCUUUAAAGGAUUUAGAUACCAUUACUCCAUCAAGAUUUAAAUUGAAUUAUAGUGAUAAAAAACCUUCAUUAAGUGGGAAUAAUAAAUUCGAUCCCAAGAGUGCUCAGAAAAGAUCUAUAACUCAAAUAGAUACACCUCCAAGGCAACCUCAUAAAUUAUCAAUAACCACUAAAGCCAAUGAUGAUAGUAAUAAAGAAAAUAAUAAUGAAUCUUUACGUAAUGAAAGUGAUGAUGAAGAUGAUUAUGAUGAAGAUCAAGAUGAAUUAUUACAAAAAACAAGAUUCUUCUUACAAACUCCUUCUAAAAAAGUAUUAUCUAAUAUAACUAACUUUUCCAAAACUCCAAUUAAACAUGAUAUUGAUCGUGAAAUUUUAACUAAAUUCCAAACUCCAGCCAAACAAAUCCCAUCAUCUCCAUCAUCUCCAUCCACAGUUAUAAUGUCAAGUGCUGUAAAGCCGGGUGUUGAUAACACCAAUACUGAACCAAAUGACAAUUCCAAUGACGACCAUAUUCAAGAUGAAGAAGAUUCAAAUGAAACUACCGAUGAAGAAGAUAAUGAUAAUGAUAAUGACAACCUUAAUCAACCCCCAAGUCCAACUCCUAAAAAGGAUGGGAAACAGCUUAGAGAGGAAGCUUCUAUACCGGUGAUGGGAGUCUUUUCGGAAAAGAAAACCAAACCAAUUCCUUCUAAUAAAGCUUCUUUGACGGCUAAUUAUAGUAAGGGAUCAAGGAUAUCAUCUAAUGAUUCAUUUGAUUCGGAUAAGGGUAAAGGUACAGGUGGUCUAAAGGGUAAUAGGAGUAAAAUGCAAGCUGGUAUGAAUAAAUUUCAAAUUAUUUUUACUGAUGUUCAUACAUUAAUGAAUAAUAGGAAAAAGAAAAGUAGUAACGAACAACAAUCUUCAUCUAAUUCAAGUGGUUCAAAACAUAAAUCUUCAACUACUCCUAAUCUACCAAGGAAACAACUUCAACCUCCACCACAACAACAACAAUCUCAGGAAGUACAACUUUUAAAGCCAAAUUACAAUUCUAAUCAUCAUCAUAAUCAUCAACAACUGUUAUCAGAUCAUAAUAUCAGCAUUAAUACUAGCAAGGAAAUUUCGAUAAUGUCAGGGGUAGGAAAUACAAGUCAUUUGAAUUUAACUUCUGGUACUGAUCAAUCUAUGGAAUUAGGUGGGAUUACCACGACACCAAAUGGAAAAUUCUUCCUUGAUAAAGUAUUUGAUAAAAACUCUCCUCAGACUCAAAAUCUUUUAAAUAGUACUUAUUACAUGAUACAGCAACAACAGCAGCAGCAUCAACAACAACUUCAACAACAUAAUAUUUCCAUGCCACCUCCAACUAACGCUAAACAACAACAACAAUUAUAUCAACAACAAAUGGUUCAUCCUUCUCAAUAUAAUCUUCAACCACAACAACAAUCCCAACAACCUCAACAUCCUAUCAUGAUGAUGAUGAGUACUCCCCAACAUCAGAAUGUGAUCAAUUAUGCCAAUUACGGUUCUGACAAUUUGUCUCCCGAUGAUGAUUCCACCGGUAAUUUCAUAAAUUUCCCUAAGGACACAUCUUCAGCAUCAUCUUCACAACCUACUUCAUCUUCAUCGGCUCCUUCUUCUCAAGGAUACAUGUUAGGCAUGAGUCAAUCUAUGAUGAUGCCCACAAUGAUGAAUAUGAAAAAUAACAAUGAUGGAAAGUAA